AACAGCGUGCAGGCGGAGCACUGUGAGCUCGACAUCCUCGACGCACGCCGCAGCUUGGUGAGAGAGCAGCAAGCAGCAAACAGUCGCAUCCACAUCCUCCUCCCCUCCACGACAUCAUCACCGAAUCCCCAUCUACGAGCUCCAACCACAUCAGACGACACCAUGAAGCUCUCCGUAGGGCUUGCGGCUGCCCUGACCGGCGUCGCGACCGCGCUCUCUUCGGACCAGCCCGCUGACGUAUAUCUCCUGCAAUCGAAGCAGUCUUCGAGCUCCGAUAUUCCAUCAUUACCACGACAGAUUGCCCGCCUUAUCCUCCUCCAACGCCUGUCACCCGAGGGUCAACAUGCAUCCUGGGAUCUUCCCGAGUCUAUCUCCAACGAGAACGCUGUCAGCUACUUGAACGAGUUCGGCAAGGCCCCUCAGGGCCUCUUCAGCAAUGCCGUCUCCACAAACCCGUCGCAGCUCGUCGUCAUGCUCGAGGGCAUCACUGCCGACGAUGCCAAGACGCUCCAGAAGUCUCUUGCUACCUCUGGACCUAGCUUCAGAGUUGGAGAUGCUCCCUCCAUCACGGCCAAUGAUAUGCUGCUGGCCAACGACUUGCCGUCGGUUGGCGUCACCGCAAAGAACUGUGCUUUCGAUAAGGCCAUCAACCCCUUUGCCGAACAAUGUUGGAGUGGCAAGUCCUCUGUCGUCAGAUAUGAUACCAAGAAGGACUCGUCAAUCCUCGUGUCCCUCACUGAGAACGCCACCCUUCUCAAGCAGCUUGCUGCCAAUGGCGAGAUGGAAACCAUCAUCAUCGCGAUGCCCGAGUCAUCUCGCAACUCCAAGUUGCGUCAUUGGUCCUCAAAGCCCGAGGAGCUCCGUCGCCGCCAAGCCGAGGAAGUCAUGACUAUGACCGAGACUGACGACCACGAUCCGCCCGCACCCACUACGCCAGUCCAGAGCACGGCGCCAUUCGUUGGAAAUGCCGAGAGGGGUACUAUCCCUUCUUGCUUUGGCUCGCAGGAUGCCUGUGUUAAGGCCACUGGUAAUUGUUCGGGCCACGGUGAGUGCUUGAACAAGUACGCCAAAGCGGAUGGCCAGUCAGCCGGAAAGGAAUGCUUCUCCUGCAUGUGCCUCGGAACUAAGAACGAGACCACUGGCAGCGUCACUCACUGGGGCGGCAGGACUUGCAGCAAGAUUGACGUCAGCGUUCCCUUUUGGCUGUUCGUCGGCUUCGGUAUUGCCAUGGUCGGUACCCUGACCUUUGCUAUUGGUCUGCUCUUCAGUGUUGGCGAGGAGAAGCUUCCGGGUGUCAUUGGUGCUGGCGUCUCCAAGACCAAAUAA